GCGUCACACAAACGGUGCCGCUCGGUGCUACCACGCCGUUACGCUACUUUCUUCCUAUCCUAAAACAAACGACAUCGUAUCGAUCAAUCUCAUCGACGAUCCUCUUUCAUCUCAAUUACCAAACCCUAAUUCCGAGAAAGUUUUUUCUCCUUAAUUAACAGGCCAAUGGCAUCUUCUUCAGACUCAUGGGUGAAGGAAUAUAAUGAAGCAAUGAAACUUGCCGAUGAUAUCAGUGGCAUGAUUUCUGAACAUAAUUCAUUUCCUUCAUCUGGACCAGAAACACAACGUCAUGCAUCUGCUAUAAGAAGGAAGAUCACAAUAUUGGGGACCCGACUAGAUAGCUUGCAAUCCCUUUUGUCAAAGCUCCCUGUAAAGUCUGAGAAGGAGAUGAAUCGUCGCAAGGACAACCUUGCAAAUUUGAGGUCAAAGGUUAACCAAAUGGCUUCAACUUUGAACAUGUCAAACUUUGCAAAUAGGGAUAGUUUGCUCGGGCCAGAAAUUAAACCAGAUGCAAUGAGCAGAACUGUUGGCCUGGACAACAAUGGACUUGUUGGUCUGCAAAGGCAAGUUAUGAAAGAACAAGAUGAGGGCCUUGAGAAAUUGGAGGAGACUGUAUUAAGUACAAAACAUAUUGCGUUGGCAGUGAAUGAAGAGCUGACUCUACACACUAGACUCAUUGAUGACUUGGACGAACAUGUAGAUAUCACAGAUUCUCGGCUGAGGAGAGUGCAGAAGAACUUGGCAAUUUUAAACAAACGUACUAAGGGAGGUUGCUCGUGCAUGUGCAUGCUAUUAGCAGUGAUUGGUAUAGUGGGUUUGGUUCUUGUCAUAUGGCUUCUUGUCAAAUAUUUGUAAUUAUGAAAAUACCCAACUCAGCGAACUUCUCCCCUUGUGUUUAUGUUUCUGAAUGUGUGCCUUGAAACAUAUCAUAAAUAUAACCGAGGUUCUUUGAUUGUUUUUUGUACUUUGCCAAUGACAAGGAAUGUAUGAGGUCUUGAAAGGCUAUGACAUGUUGUAAUCUUCAGAUCUUUCAAGUGUUGAUAUGUUUGUGCUUUCGUUUGUUAAAGUAUGAAAGUUUAAGUGAUUUGUGAUAAA